GAGACACAGCCAGUGAGUGACGGCUGCUGCCCGGACUGCUACCGUAGACCGUUACCUGCGUCCUCCGGUCGCGUCCCCCCCACGCACUCCCCCCUCCCCCGGUUAGUGAACGAACGUUGGUACGGUCCACUGUUAUCCUUGCGUUCGCCGGUAACGAGAAGGAGGAAGAGCAGGAGGAGGAGGAGAUAGAGGAGAAGGAGGAGGAGGUGGAGGAGGUUUGGCUACCGGGACUGGACCCGUGAGAAGCUGCCCGCUUUCGGAGGGAGGGAUGAGAGAGAAGCCGUUAUUCAGCGGCGUGUCUGAGUGUUGAAUGGCGAGGAUAUGCGACAUAGCAGCUACGUAGUGUUUCGAGGAUACAGGAGAUACGCAGCGACCUGAUACUCAAACGUAAACUAAUGGUCACUAACAUGGAUGCUGAUGUGCCGCCUCCCCUAGGCCGGCAGGGAAGAGGGGUGUUUUUUGAUGAUUUCACGGCAACAACACGACUCGUUUCUCACUGGGAUUAAUAUUUUCUGCUUUUAUUUUAUUACAUUUUAUUUUUAUCCCUGGAACUGGCGUUAUUUGUGUGUGGGAGCCUCGCGAGGAGCGUUUGUUUGCAAGAUGACAGAGGGGAGGCGAUGUCAGGUCCACCUCCUCGAUGACAGGAAGCUGGAGCUCCUCGUACAGCCCAAGCUGAUGGCCAAGGACUUGCUGGACCUCGUGGCCUCUCACUUUAACCUCAAGGAGAAGGAGUACUUUGGAAUCGCAUACACCGACGAAACGGGCCAUUUCAGCUGGCUGCAGUUGGACCGCAGGGUGUUAGAACAUGAGUUCCCUAAGAAGUCUGGUCCCAUUGUCCUGUACUUUUGUGUCAGAUUCUACAUAGAGAGUAUAUCCUACCUGAAGGACAAUGCCACUAUCGAGCUCUUCUUUCUUAAUGCCAAGUCCAUCAUCUACAAGGAGCUUAUUGAAGUGGACAGUGACAUUGUCUUCGAAUUGGCUUCCUAUAUUCUACAAGAGGCUAAGGGUGAUUUCACCAGUAAUGAUGCAACCAGGUCUGACCUGAAAAAGCUGCCUGCUCUGCCCACCCAGGCCCUAAAGGAGCACCCGUCUCUGGCCUACUGUGAAGACCGGGUCAUAGAGCAUUACAAAAAGCUCAGCGGGCAGUCCAGAGGCCAAGCUAUUGUGAAUUAUAUGAGCAUUGUGGAGUCUCUGCCCACAUAUGGAGUACAUUACUAUGCUGUUAAGGACAAGCAGGGGAUCCCGUGGUGGCUGGGUCUGAGCUAUAAAGGCAUCUUUCAGUAUGACCACCAGGACAAGGUCAAGCCCAGGAAGGUGUUUCAAUGGCGUCAGUUGGAGAACCUGUAUUUCAGAGAGAAGAAGUUUUCAGUGGAAGUUCACGACCCCAGGAGUAGGGCGUCGGUGACGAGAAGGACGUUUGGUCACAGUGGCAUUGCUGUGCACACCUGGUACGCCUGUCCCGCCCUCAUCAAGUCCAUCUGGGCCAUGGCCAUCAGCCAACACCAGUUCUACCUGGACCGCAAGCAGAGCAAGUCAAAAAUCCAUGCUGCGAGGAGUUUGAGCGAGAUUGCGAUCGACCUGACGGAAACGGGAACGCUGAAGACCUCCAAACUAGCCAACAUGGGCAGCAAGGGCAAAAUUAUCAGCGGGAGCAGUGGCAGUCUGCUGUCCUCAGGCUCUCAGGAAUCAGACAGCUCACAGACGGCCAAGAAAGACAUGCUGGCAGCGCUGAGGGCCCGGCAGGAAGCUCUAGAGGAAACGCUAAAACAGCGACUAGAAGAACUAAAGAGCAUCUGCAUCAGAGAAGCUGAGCUGACAGGAAAGCUUCCUAAAGAAUAUCCUCUGGAUCCAGGAGAGGAGCCACCGACAGUGAGGCGAAAGAUUGGUACUGCCUUUAAACUGGACGAGCAGAAAAUUCUUCCUAAGGGAGAGGAAGAGGAGCUGGAGAGGUUGGAGCGGGAGUUUGCCAUUCAGUCCCAGAUUACAGAGGCGGCCCGCCGUCUGGCCAGUGAUCCUCACGUCAGCAGCAAGAAGCUGAAGAAGCAGAGGAAAACGUCUUAUCUCAACGCACUGAAGAAGCUGCAGGAAAUUGAGAACUCCAUCAACGAGCAUCGGGUCCGCUCUGGCAAGAAGCCUACGCAGAGAGCAUCGCUUAUCAUAGAAGAAGCCAAUAUUGGUUCUGAAGACAGCUCCCUGUCUGACGCGCUGGUUCUGGACGAUGAUGACCCUCAAGUCACAGGAACGCCCACGUUCUCCCCAGUAGCAUCACCUCACAAGGGCCUGCCUCCUCGGCCCCCAUCUCACAGUCGGCCCCCUCCGCCGCAGUCCCUGGACGGCCUGCGACACCUGCACUACACGCGCUCCGACUACGACAAAUCGCCCAUCAAACCCAAGAUGUGGAGCGAGUCGUCACUGGACGAGCCCUAUGAAAAAGUCAAGAAACGCUCCUCUCACUCCAGUCACAGGCGGUUCCCAAGCUCUGGCAGUGCAGAAGCAGGAGGCAGUAACUCUCUGCAGAGCAGCCCCAUCAGGAGCCUCCCUCACUGGAACUCUCAGUCCAGCAUGCCCUCCACCCCGGACCUCAGGUCCAGGACACCACACUAUGUACAUUCUACCAGGUCAGUGGACAUCAGUCCGACACGUCUGCACAGUCUCGCUCAGCACUUUAGGAACCGCAGCUCCAGCCUGGAGUCCCAGGGGAAGCUGCUCACAUCCGACCCAGAAACACACCAGCACACGCUGGGAACACUGGGCAGUCCUGACUUCUUCCUGGGACCGGGACGCAGCUCCAAUGGCUCUGACCCACUGGACGACUGUUCGUCCUGCACCAGCCAAAGCAGCUCAGAGCAUUACUACCCCUCUGGGGGACCUCCCAGCAACAACCCCAACUACUCUACCCUGGGAGAGGAUUCACCCUCUAAAGCCAGGCAGAGGCAGAGGCAACGACACAGGUCUGCAGGUCACCUUGGUUCCUCUAACUCCGGCUCCAUGCCAAACCUGGCAGCUAAAAACGGCUCUGGUGGAAGCACAGGUGGAGGCAGCAUCGGCGGGGGACACCAUGGAGUUUACCUCAGCAGCCAGAGCCAGCCUUCAUCCCAGUACCGCAUCAAGGAGUACCCGCUGUAUGUCGAGGGCAGCCCCAACCCCGUGGUGGUGCGCAGCUUGGAAAGCGACCAGGAGGGACACUACAGCGUCAAGGCCCAGUUCAAGACAUCCAGCUCCUACACGGCCGGGGGACUGUACAAGGAGGCCUGGGGGGGGGAGGAGGGCGGGGAGGGGAGCGGCCGACUCACGCCAUCGCGCUCUCAGAUCGUACGGACUCCAUCACUGGGGCGAGACGGUAGUGGAGGAGGGGGGAGGGCAGCGGUGUCUGAGGAGCUGCGGUGCUGGUACCAGAGGUCCUCGGGGAGCCUGAAGGAAAGGAGUCAUUCACAUUCGGGGUCCACCUCCUCUGAGACGGGGUCACAGCAAGGCACUCUGGGACCUGGACGAGGCAUCAGAGUAGGGACACUCACCAAAGGCUCACCAGCUGCGUCCCCUCACAGCCAGAGGAGUAUGACGCCCUCCAAUGAACACACGGCCACGCCCACGCCCACGCCUCCCUGUAGCCCACAGCACAUCCUCAACUGGCAGAGCGGGUCUUUCAGUGACAGCUGUUUUCUCAGCAGCCCUCUGUGUGCAGAGCUGGCAGACGUGCAGUGGUACGGACACGACAAGGCCAAACCUGGAACCCUGGUCUGAGACCGUCCUUCCAGAAACGUCCCAUCGCCCUCUCUCCCCUGUCCCUCACUACUACCCAUCGACAACCAACAACCUCAUCCUUAAAACCCUACAAAAUCCUGCUCCGCCCCAACGACCCGAGCAGACUAGACAUGAGCCUUCCUCCUCCUCCUCCUCCUCCUCCUCCCUUCAUUCAUCCUGUCCUUCAUCCAUUUCACAGGGACACGGCGUUUGAUAAGGGCCGGUUUUUACAUGACAGACUGGACUGAGCAGAGUCACCUCAGUGUUUGAACAGAGAGAGAGAGAGAGCACAGAACACAUCACUGAAGCUCAACAAAGCCAGGAUUUCCUAUCAUUUUAUCUCAUCUUUGCUCCUGCAACUUUACCAACUGUAACGCACUGCCACCAAAUCAGGACGUGAUUUGAGCCACCGCUUUAUCGACAGGCCCCUCACAGAACUCUUACUGGUCUUCAUCCAUUUUUAUUUCUUCCCUAAACAAACUAAAUAAUCUGGAUUAACGAACAUUACACUACAUUCAACCUCUUUUCAGUUUUAACCCACAACCAAAGACUGACACCAGGUGGUGGUGGUGGUGGUGGGCGGGGCCAGACAGACUGUGAUGGUGGACUGAAACGACAACACCGGGACGGGUGUCUGUGACUCUGUGUAGACUAAUCGAUGAGGACUAAAGCAAUAACAAACUUAUUAAACACACAAGUACAUGAACGCGUUUGGACUGAAGCGGCCGUUUAUCACCACGUUCUCUGCCUUGUGAUGCUGGGAGUGAAAAAAAAAACAACAAAGAAAAAAGGCUCAUCAGUGCAUCUCAGGGUGAAUGUGGAUGUUUUGGGUUUAAGUCCGUGCUCAUUUUUGUUUCUUCUCAUUGGUCUUUGUAAGAUUUCUGUCAUCAUGGUGAAGGUUCACACACACACACACACUCACUAUAACUGCGACAUUUCCUUUUCAAAUUCUUCUUCUUUUUUUUGCAUUUUCUGCACUGAAAGUAAAAGAGUGAUUGGCUGUUCACACUUGACAUUGAGCCUGUUAAGUGAUAAAUCUCUACAGUUACUGUCUCUCGGCCUUUGGCCUCGCUUGUAUGUGGUUGUUGGCACCACGCUGCGUUUAUCUGUGAGUCCCCGUGAGCUCCAUCAUCGCUCUGUCCGUGUGUGCAGCGUGACCGGAGCCUCCUGACUCACUACUAACACACUGUUUGUGACAAAUGUGUACUGUAUUUUGUGCUGGAACCGCGACAGAGCCGUUCAAAUCCCCACAGACAACGAGACACUUCACAUCUCAUCUACAAUUUGGCAUCAGGUGCAAUCUCACUUUGGUCUUAAAGCACAACAUAAAUCAUGUGUACGAGGGCUGGAGCUACUUUUGUGUCGUAUCAAAGGACAGCGGAGGCAACUAGAGCCACAGAUUCAAGCAUUCAAUGGAUAUAGAUUCAUUCAUAAUUAAAAACCCUAGUAUUGGGGCCGAGGAGAAGCCAUAAUUAGAAGUUUGGAGAAUAUUUCGCCACAAAAAUCCCAAACAACAAUCAGAUUUCCAAAAAAACAGGGUUAGAAAAGCACAGCAGGUUUUAUACAGAGGAGGCAGACCUCUGCAUGUGUCCCCCCCCCCCCGACAUGUGAUUAUGUUGCAGGAAAACAGAAAAAGAAAAUGUUUCCUUGUUGCACAAAAAUCAGAAUUUAAGGCAGUUUUAAUUCAGAUUACGACUGAUUUGUUAUCUAAUGAUGGAGAGCAGAGCCGGCCCAAGGCAGAAGCAGAUCUAAGGGGUUGCUGAUGUUUGGGGGGCCCCCAGUAUGUGUGGAUAAAAAACACUAGAUCUCUACUUAGAUUGCACUUAAGUUAUUUGGUUUUAUUUUGCUCAUUUGGUGCACGUUUGCACAUCUGUUCUAAGUUUUAAAAACCAAAGUCAUUAAACUGGUUUAAACUUGUUUCAUUCAAGUUCAGUCUCGCCACACUUUUGUGAUUUUACUUUCUAUGGUUAGAAAACAAGACAAGAGUGACACUGGUCUGGUGUAAAUAACUAUAAUAACUUAACUUUAAUUACUGCAGUUUAUAGUGUUACACUUGUAUCGAUAAUAGUGAAGGUGGUGGGACGGGGUGGGGCUCCCCAAAUCCAAUGCAGUUUAGGGCCCCGUAAAGGCUUGGGCCGGCCCUGCCGGAGAGAAUCGGGCUUGUUUGUUUGUCUGGAUAAAUCCUUUAUUGUGCUGUGAUGCAUGGGAGCAGUGGUACUCAUGGUGUUUUCCUUUACCAGACUUAUGUUCAUAGGAGUUUUAACCGUCUCCCGGUAUGUGGUCAAAGCUGAUAAUUGAGAAAAUGAAGACACAAUCCCGUGCAUGGCCACGAUGCAGAUCCAGCAACAUAAACACGUCCUCCUCCUCCAAUAGUGUCACACCCUGCCCCCUAGUCUGACCCUGUGCUAAUCUGUGACCUCUGACCCAGUGUGAUGAAGUGUGCCCACCCCCCGCCCCCCCUCACUGUUUUCAAUGUUUCAUCUUUUUUUUAAAUACUCCAAAAGAAAUGAGCUGUUAUAUCAAUCAUUUCCUGUAUGUGCGCAGGGGCACUGUACGGUUGUGUGUGUGGGGGGGUUUUAACAUUAACAUUAACAUUUUAUAUGACUCAGUAUUGUUAUUUUGUUAUUUUAUUUCAGUUCUGACAUCGUAACGACCCGUUCAGGUGCUACAAAAAUGAGCAGUUACUGCUUUGUCACACAAGGAUCCAGACGUUUGUUCACUGUAACCACGAGACUCAACACAAAGACGUGCAAAAAGCCCGCUUCUUUUAACAAAGCGUUUUAAUAGUGCAGUAGGACACUUCCCUAACCCAGACAAUAGAGCAUGUAACUCCAUUUUAUCACCUCUGUUCAGCUGUAACAAAACAUUAAAAAAAAAGGUGUUGUAGAAAAAACAAAUGUGGGAUUAUUAAGAGAGAGAAAAUGAAAAGAAAAAAAAAGAAUUCCACAGUUAAUUUAUUCUUUUUUCUAUUAAAAAUUUGUAUAGUAACUUUACAUUUUUCAAAACUGUGUUGUUGGAAAUUGAUGAUAAAAUUUUCAAGAGGAGAAAACCGCGGUGGUUCUUGAGAGUAAGAAAAAUAAAUUAUUGAUGAAUGUUCUCAA